AUGUUGGUUCUGCGCGCCGUGGCCGUCGCGACCGGCGUCACCGCAGACUGGCUAUCGUCUUUCAAACACAGGCUCUCGUCAAUCAGUGACGCGCACGAUGCUCUCUUCCACGACCUUCUCCUCGGCCAGUUGAGGUCUGUACGUGCAUCUGCUACUCCGUCGUCGGCAACACCUGCGUCGACUCUCUCGGCCGCUUCUUCUCUGCACCUCGGUAUACUCGAUACCACGCCGGACAAUGCGACGAGUACAUAUGCCGAUAACAGUACCACAUCCUUCGUGCUCUACACUUCGGACUCGCUCCCGACCAGCCCGGGGCCACCGUCUGCCUGUGCCACUGCGCUGACGGCGACUAUUGAGUGUAACUCUACGGUUCCCUUGAUGAGUUCGUAUGACUACCUGUUCCAAGACACUGCCGAUCUCGAGGCCGUUUGCACGUCCGCGUGCACCACUGCAUUAACGGGCUAUCGCUCUGCGGUGGCAAUCAACUGUGCUGGAUAUGUUUUCACAGACUCGGCGAACACGACGUAUCCCUCGACAUACGUCAUUGAUACAGUCCUGGGGGCAUAUGAGCUGCAAUGUCUCUACGACUCGUCUGACGCGCAGUAUUGUGGUCCUGUUGUCAACGAAUACAACGCAACGGGUGGUCUGCUCUCACUUCCAACUGACGAGUUGUGCACCUUCUGUACCCUGGAGACGCUGAACAUCACCCUGUCGAACCCGACAACGUUUUCUUACCCACUACAAGACCUACUCUCUGAAGCUGUUGAGCAAUGUGGCUCCGGAUACGACUCCUACAAUGUCACUAUGGUCCCGUCCGGGGCCGCCUCCGCUGCGCCUACAGCCACCUUCGGCAUCACCGGCCCGCCGCCAAUGUCCGCCACCUGCGUUUACACAGGCCAGAAUGUGACUAUCACUGCGAACACGACCUGUGCGGCGCUCAGCGCUCAGUAUCAAGUCUCCACCAACGACAUCAGGUCCAACAACCCCGGACUAAUCGAUGGCACCUGCGCUAUCGCCGCGCCAGCGACGCUCUGUAUCCCGCCUACCUGCACUCUGUACACCGUGCAGACGAACGACACGUGCGAUUCCGUCGCCGCAGAGAGCGGCUCACUCACGGGUACGAAUAUCACCACCGUACAGCUGAUUUCGAUCAAUCCGGAACUGGGGACGUACUGCCAGAGUAUGCCGGCGUUGGUGGGGGACACGAUCUGCAUGAGCCCUAAUGGAGGUUGGCCCGCUGUUGGAGUGACCACGACCGCACAGCCAAGCCCGACGCCAACUACCGUGGCACCUGUCCCUUCCCCAACGGGACCGGGAUCUACGCCGAACUGUGGCAGGUGGUACUUGACGCAGGAAGGCGACUAUUGUAAUAGUAUCGUCAUAGCCAACGGCAUCACUCUUGCAGAUUUUCUUAGGAUCAACCCUGAGGUCAACACCAAUUGUACGAACCUUUGGCUUGGGUACUACUACUGCGUUGCACCGUACCCGCCAUUGGCAUCCUCGACGACAGUGCCAAUACCCACCACCAACUUCAGCACUGGUACCAUGAACUUUGACCCUUUGCCGACUGCAAAUUACACGCCUAUCUGGUACACGAUGACGCUCGAACAAGUGGGUGUGGCUGUGCCCACUGAUGUGGCCAACGGGACGCGCACGUUAGAAUGCGGGUAUUACUAUGACGUUCAGAGCAACGAUACUCUUGACUCGAUCGCUUCCGAGGUUGGCCUGAACACAUCUGUGCUUGUUACGUGGAACCCUCAGCUCGAGAGCACGGCGCCCGUCGCAAACACAAGCAUCUGCGUGGUUUUCCCCAUGGGAAACUACACCCUGUACAACGCGACCCGCCCAUCAAACGCGGACUCGGAAAGCACGCCCGAUUGCGCAGAGUGGUACACCGUUGUUUCAGGCGAUGGCUGCGCGAGCAUUGAGGCCGAGUUUGGGCUGACGAGCGCUCAGUUCUUGGAACUCAACCCUGGUGUAGGUGCUGACUGUACUACGCUACAACUGGGAGUGAGCUACUGUGUUCUGUCAAUCUAUCCGCCUUCAACGUCGACUGGUCCUCCUAGCAAUCUUGCGGCCGGCUCAUUCACGAACUGUACGUCGUACGCGACAGCAGAGAGCGGCGAUACGUGCAUCUCGCUGGAGGCUGCAGCAAAUAUCUCCUUCUCUGAUCUGCUCCGAUGGAAUCCAGAGCUCGAUACAGCCUGUGAGACCAUCGAGCUUGACGAGGCGUAUUGCGUGGGCGGCGGAGGUGACGCUUGUCCCAAGCUCUAUACUGUUGCCUCCGGAGACUACUGCAGUCUCAUCGAGACAAACGAAGACAUCACCGCAGCUGAGCUGCAGGCCCUCAAUCCUUGGUUGGACUCUAACUGCGAUUUGGAAGUUGGUCAGGUCCUUUGUGUCGGCCCGAGCACAUCACCUACGCAGACAACCACAAUGACUAUGACUACGUCAGCGACUAUGACCUCGACAUCAGCUGUUGCGACACCCACGAAUAUUGCGAGCGGGAGCUGGACAAAUUGCACCGCGUAUUACACUGUACAAUCUGGCGAUUCAUGCACCGCGAUCGAUGAAAAGUAUGACAUAGCGCUGAGCGACUUCCUGCGCUGGAAUCCGGAGGUAUCAUCGACGUGCAACAAUCUUCAGCUUGCUGCAUAUUGCAUCCAGUGCACCCCAGCAUGUGACAAGGUGUACACUGUCGUGAGCGGCGAUUACUGCUCCGAAAUAGAAUCAGCCUACGGGAUCACCGACGCGCAAAUGCAUGCGCUGAAUCCGUGGCUUGACUCUUCGUGUGACUUGCAAGUGGGCGAGAACCUAUGUGUAGGAUAAGCUUUGUAGCGCAAUGCGAGCACUAUUCGGGGCCGCCUCUAUCCAUAUGUACUGCCUGUCAUGCCUUGAC